ACACUCACUCACACACAAUCACACUAAUCUCUUACACACACAAUCACACUAAUCUCUCACACUCUCACACUCACACUCACAGCCCUGCUGCACAUAUGUCCAUGUGGUCUCCCCAUGACAUUCCCUCAGAGCACUCUUCCAUUUCCAGUUUGUGGAUGUGCAGCCCAACGAUGGGUUUGGGACGAUCCUGCCCCUGGAAACGCUGCAGUUUGAUGUGAUCUUCCAGCCCACCAAGGCCGAGGAACACAGCUUCAAGCUGACCUGCAAGUCUGAGAUCAACCGGUGCUUCAAGCUGUCUUGCCGGGCUGUGGGCGUCCACCCACCCCUGGAGCUGUCCCACUACCAGAUCAAGUUUGCAGCCACGGCCCUAUAUGACACCUCCGUGGCCACAGUGUAUGUCAUCAACUCUCACCUGAGCAUGAGCUCACGGACCCACUCCAAGCCCCGCAUUGGCUCAGAGGACACCUCUCCUGUGGGGCCCACGUCUUUCGAGUUCCUGCUGCCCCCAGACUCGCCUAUCACCAUCUCACCCUCGGUGGGGACCGUGUGGCCAGGAAAGAGGUGCCUGGUCCAGGUGGCCUUCCGGCCCGUGCUGCCUGAGAAGCUGAUCCGCCAGGAAGCCCUCCCACUCCUGAACAAAGAAAUGGAGACCAAAUCCUUCCGAAAGGAUAUGGCCUCCCAGAAGAAGGACAUGCACAGACUGUCAUUCUCCGCUCUUCGAAUGCAGAACCGCGACAAGCUGUUCAAAGUCUCUGUCCCCCACGUCCUGGAACUGCGGAAGCGGGAGCUGAAGCCCAGUUCCGACGAGUACCAGGCUGCCCGAGCCACUCUGGUCAGAGCGUUUCAGGCGAAGUUUGACACAUUUGUAGUUCCCUGUGUUGUUGCCAGUGGUGACGUCAAAGACAGGAAAGGGUCAGAACCGCCAAGCUUCAGCCCCCACAACACCCUCUACCUGGAGCUGUGGUGCCCGACGGUGGCGCCGUCUGUUGUGGUGACGUCCCACAAAGGCAAGACCAUCUUUAACUUCGGCGACGUCGCCGUGGGGCACCGCAGUAUCAAGAAGGUCUCCAUCCAGAACGUCUCCCCCGAGGAUCUGGCCCUGGACUUCUCCCUGCUGAACCCCAACGGCCCCUUCGUCCUGCUGAACCACUCCAGCCUGCUGCGUGCGGGUGAGACCCAGGUCCUGGUGCUGUCCUUCUCUCCCCACGAGAGCAUCCUGGCUCAAGAAACACUGGACAUCAUUACCAAGAGAAGCACGCUCACCCUCACCCUCGUGGGCACUGGCGUGGCGUCCAUGAUCACGUGCUCCAUUGAAGGCAGCAUCCUCAACAUGGGCUAUGUGAUCGCCGGAGAGUCUGUGUCCUCAGGCUUCAAGCUGCAGAACAACUCCCUGCUCCCCAUCAAGUUCUCCGUGAUCCUGGACAGUCUCUCCAGCGCCCGGGCCCGGGGCCAGCAGCAGCUGCCGCAGUUCCUCAGCUCGCCCGCCCAGAGGACGGAGGUGGUUGGGACGCAGAAUCUCAACGGUCAGAGCGUGUUCAGCGUGGCCCCCGUCAAGGGCGUCAUGGACCCCGGGAAGACGCAGGACUUCACUGUCACCUUCAGCCCCGACCACGAGAGCCUCUACUUCUCCGACCGGCUCCAGGUGGUGCUCUUUGAAAAGAAAAUCUCCCACCAGAUCCUGCUGAAAGGGGCCGCCCGUGAGCACAUGAUGUUCGUGGAGGGCGGGGACCCCCUGGACGUGCCCGUGGAGUCUCUGAUGGUGAUCCCCGUAUUUGACCCCAAGCACAGAGAGGCCAGCUCCCGGCCAGGCCCUCCAUCUCCAGAGGCCGAGGAGCUGAGGCCCAUCCUGGUGGCCCUGGACUACGUCCAGUUCGACACAGACACGCCAGCCCCACCUGCCACCCGAGAGCUGCAGGUGGGCUGUAUCCGGACCACCCAACCAUCUCCAAAGAAGACCGUUGAGUUCAGCCUGGACAGUGUCACAUCCCUGCAGCACAAGGGUUUCUCCAUUGAGCCCUCCCGGGGCUCCGUGGAGCGCGGCCAGACGAAGACCAUCAGUAUCUCCUGGGUGCCGCCUGCGGACUUUGAUCCAGACCACCCACUCAUGGUGUCGGCCCUGCUGCAGCUAAGGGGGGAUGUGAAGGAGACCUACAAGGUCAUCUUUGUAGCCCAGGUGGUGACCGGCCCCUAAGCCUCUGCACAGAGCACCCUCGGGCCCUCCUGCCCACACUCAAAGCCCUCCCCAGGCUGAGGGCCAGGCCAUACUAUCCUGGGGCCUGGGACCUGGCCAUCCUCUGCCAGGCAGAUUUCAAUAGGCCACCCUCCACAUGGUGCCACGGCCACUUCCUGCUGCCCUGGACCCAGCAAGCCCAGGUACAUCCAAGAGCGCCCACUCUUGAGAUCCCAAACUCAGAACCAGCGAGAAGGCCAGGCCAGCCCACAGCCGUCCUAGCCAGAGCCCCUCAGAGCCCCCAGGAGAGCCCCCCACAGCCUGUCAAUAAACUUCUUGUAGGCCAACA